UGGAGCGUGGCCGCGGAGGCGGGACUUCCGGUCGGCGGCGCCCGAGUCGCGCGGCUGCCGGAAGCGUGGUGCGGUGGCGGCGGCGGUGUUGCCUGUGCUGCCGGCAGGCGGAAGUCAUGGAUAUAGAUGCCGAAAGGGAGAAAAUAACAAAGGAGAUCAAGGAGCUGGAAAGGAUUUUGGAUCCCUGCUCCUCGAGUAUCAACGUGGAGGUCUCGGAUUCGAGCCUUGAAUCGGAUUCUGACGCAGAUUCGCUGCCCGAUGAGGACUCAGACACUGCUGGACCCCCGAUCUCGGAAGAAGAAAGAUGGGGCGAAGUCAGCAAUGACGAGGACGACGCCAAGGAGAAGACGCUCCCCGAAGACCCCGAGACCUGCCUGCAGCUGAACAUGGUCUACCAGGAAGUCAUCCAGGAGAAGCUGGCCGAGGUCGGCCUGCUGCUGGCACAGAACCGGGAGCAGCAGGAGGGAGUCAUGUGGGAUCUGGCAGGCUCCAAAGGCCCCAAGGUGAAGGACGGCAAGAGCCUGCCCCCGAAUCUGUACAUAGGGCACUUCAUGAAGCCCUACUUCAAGGACAGGGUGACGGGAGUGGGCCCUCCUGCCAACGAAGAUGCACGGGACAAGGCUGCCCAGGGCAUCAAGGCUUUCGAGGCGCUUCUGGUAACCAAAUGGAAGCACUGGGAGAAAGCCUUGCUCAGGAAGUCCGUGGUCAGCGACCGCCUGCAGCGUCUGCUCCAGCCCAAGUUGCUCAAGCUGGAGUACCUGCAGCAGAAGCAGAGCAGGGUGACGAGCGAGGCGGAGAGGCAGGUCCUGGAGAAGCAGAGCAGGGAGGCCGAGAAGGAGAUCCAGGAGAUCAACCAGCUCCCGGAGGAGGCCUUGCUGGGGAGCCGGCUGGACGCCCACGACUGGGAGAAGAUCUCCAACGUGAGCUUUGAAGGCAGCCGCAGUGCGGGGGAGAUCCAGAGGUUCUGGCAGAACUGGGAACACCCGAGCAUCAACAAGCAGGAGUGGAGCCGGCAGGAGGUGGGCCAGCUGAAGGCCAUCGCGGCCCAGCACGGCCACCUGGAGUGGCAGAAGAUCGCCGAGGAGCUAGGGACCGGCCGCAGCGCCUUCCAGUGCCUGCAGAAGCUCCAGCAGCACAGCAAAGCCUCGAGGCGCAAGGAGUGGACGGAGCAGGAGGACCGCAUGCUCACCCAGCUGGUCCAGGAGAUGCGCGUGGGCAGCCACAUCCCCUACCGGAAAAUCGUCUACUACAUGGAAGGCAGAGACUCCAUGCAGCUCAUUUACCGGUGGACCAAGAGUUUGGAUCCCAGCCUGAAAAAGGGCUUCUGGGCCCCAGAGGAAGACGCGAAGCUGCUUCGAGCGGUCGCCAAGUACGGGGAGCAGGACUGGUUUAAAAUCCGGGCGGAGGUGCCAGGUAGGAGCGAUGCCCAGUGCCGAGAUCGGUAUCUCAGAAGGUUACAUUUCAGCUUGAAAAAGGGACGCUGGAAUCCGAAAGAAGAGGAGAAGCUGACUGAGUUGAUAGAGAAGCACGGUGUCGGUCACUGGGCAAAAAUAGCGUCUGAGCUACCCCAUCGGUCAGGCUCCCAGUGUCUGAGCAAGUGGAAAAUCAUGGUCAGGAAGCAGCAGAGGCGGGGCCGGGGCCGGCGGCGGCCCCUCCGCACUGUGCGGUGGAGCUCCAGCAGCGGGGACAGUGGCAGCGGGGACAGCGCAGGGGACAGCAGCGGGAGCAGCAGCAGCGGGAGCAGCAAGGAGGACUCGGAGCCGGAGCCGGAGCCGGAGCUGGAGGAGGCCGCAGAGGCCCAGGAGGGUGGCCAGGUGCUGCCCUCAGCACGGCACAGCGUGCCAGACGUGGACCUGUGGAUUCCCACCAGGCAGAGUGCCGACAGGCUGUGGGGACGGGGCGCGGGGGGCUCGGCCACCUCCUCCAGCCCUCCCGCAGGCUUCAGUGUGGCCCGAGGUGGCAGCACCGCAGCCUCGGCGCCCACAGAGAAGGCAGGCCAGGCCCAGGCCCCCUCCGCCACCCACAGCGCUGCCGGGACGGACGUUGGGUACCCACGCUCGGCGGACACUCAGCCCUCGAGCUCAGAGGGGCCAGCUGAUGAGAGUGGAGUGCGUCUGCCGAAGGGGCCCCCGGAGACCGCGCUGCAGGUGCUCAGGACGGACACGGACACGGACACCGGGUGCCAGCCGCUAGAGGAGGAGCGGAGGCAGCCAUGCCCUGGCUCUGCCCAGGGGACUGGCCCCGGAGGCAGCGUCUUGGCCAGGCCCCGAGUGCGGCAGUGGCCACGGGGCCACGCCCUGCACAGGAGGCCCCUGGAGCGCCGGCUGCUGAUGGCUGUGAGCCCGUGGGUGGGCGACGUACUGCCCUGCCUGCCCCGGCGGCCCGCCGUGGUACACACUCGAGCCGACAGCAUCAGGACGCGGCUGCAGGACGCUCGCCUGGCCAGCACCCCGGCGUUUGCCCUGUUCAUCCAGCUGUUCCAGAUCAACACUGCCGGCUGCAUGGAGGUCGUUCGGGAGCGGAAGGCCCUGCUGGCCACCCUGCCCCAGAGUGGCUCCCAGGAGCCACUGCAGCGGCCCCUGCAGGUGCCCUCGAGUGCCCGGAGCACUACAGGCUGCCUCUCGCAGAACGUGCCAGCCCGGAAAGCUGUGAAAAGCACCCUUUGCAGAGGGAGCAGGGGGCUGCAGGCCUGCUGGCCUGAGCCCACUCCACAGGCACCCCCGCCAGCUUCGUGCGGCCCCCGGCCCAAGCCCAAGACUGUGUCUGAGCUGCUUCGGGAGAAGCGGCUACGGGAGGCUCGAGCCAGCAAGGCUGCCCAGGGCCCUGCGGCCCUGCCCCCCCAGCUGCUGGUCUCCUCGCCUGUGGUCCUCCAGCCCGCCCUGCCACUGGUCUCCCCGAGCCCCCCAGCCACGGGGCCGGCCGUCUCCGAGUCCACGCUCUCUGGUCCUGGGGCCCCUACAGCGGCCGGUCCGAGUACUUCUGGCUCCUGGGCCUCAGCUGAAGACAGGGGAACCCCCGUCUUGCAAGCCUUGGCCUUUCCUCCUGCCUCCACGGUGGCUGUGAAGGCCCCAACUGCCCCUGCUGCCUCCAGGACCCCGGCUCUGGGCCCCAGCCAGCUCCCCAUGAGCUGCCAUCUGAGUGGUCUGGGACAGUCCCAGGCCCCUGCCACGACCCGGAAGCAGGGCCUGCCCGAGGCGCUGCCCUUUCUCCCCGCAGCCCCCAGCCCCGCUCAGCUGCCUGUCCAGCCCCUCAGCUUGACGCCAGCUCUGGGCACCCACGGGGGCGAAGCACGCGUGGCAGCCAGCACCCCUCUGCCUGUCACCUGGGUGCUCACAACCCAGGGGCUGCUUCCUGUGCCAGUGCCAGCCAUGGCAGGCAUUUCCAGGCCAGCAGAGACCCUUGACCCCAAAGGGCUGUUAGUGACUCUGUCACCUUCUCUGACUGAAACUCAGGAGGGCCAGGGCCUGGCCAACAUAGACGUGGAACCAGAUCCUUCUUCCAGGACAGACCUCAUGACCCUUUCGACGCCCCUGCCACCUCAAGUCCCUGCUGCAGAAGUGGACGGUGACAUGGCCCGCGCCCCUAAGGGACACUCGUCCCCUGGAGAGGCCCAAGCGGCUGGGGAAAUAGCCUCCAAGACUGCGCUCGUGGCUGACCCCCCUGAAGCAGAGCCUACCCGGCCCAGCCAGCUGCCUACACACGGCAGUGCUUACCCAGGCAGUGGCCCGGGAGGGACGCUGGUGUCCCGCUCAGACCCAGGGAAGACCAGGGGGCCUCUGGACUCGGAGAGGCAACCCCCACCGCGGCUGGGGCCUGAGAAGGGCGCCCUGGACCUAGGCCUGGUGUCCCAGGAGAGCGAGGUGGCCGUGCGGGAGUGGCUGCAGGGACAGCGAGGUGUGUGCGUGCCCCCCUUGAGGAGCAGGCUGCCCUACCAGCCCCCCGCCCUGUGCAGCCUGCGGGCGCUGGCUGGCCUCCUGCUCCACAAGAAGGCUUUGGAGCACAAAGCCGCCUCCCUCAUGCCCAGCGGGGCGGCCAGGACCCCACAGGCCUCGCCAGGGCUGCUGCAGGGGCGGCUCGGGGACAGCCCAGCCUACUUGCUGCUGAAGGCACGCUUCCUGGCAGUCUUCACCCUCCCCGCGCUCCUGGCCACGUUGCCCCCUCGCGGAGUCCCCACCACGUUAGCAGCAGCCGCCCGGGACCACCCUGAGGGCGACCUGGAGGACCUGGGGGAGCUGGAGCUCUCUGAUGGCGACGGGCAGCCGGGCUGCUGGACGGGCGGCAGUCCCCAGGACAGGCCAGCAGCCUCAAGCCCCGUUCAGGGAGUCCCAGAUCCUGGCGAGGGCUCUGCUCCCUCCUGCCUGGACGAGUCUGGUGACUUUGACGUGCUUAGGACCCGGCACUCGCGACACGCCCGGAAGCGAAGGAGGCUGGUGUGAGCAGGUGCUUCCUGCUGUGCCCUGUCUGCAGGGCUUGUCUCCCUGCUCCAUUCAGGCCUCUGCUCAAUGGUCAGUUCCCCAGGCCUGCCUUCCCCGGCCCGCUCCUGAGGCGGCAGUGUCCGGCUGUGCUGCUGCAUUUGCCCCUCCUGGCAGCUGGCCUCCGCCUCUGUCCACUGCCUUCCCCACGGACACGAGCCCAGACACAGGCACCACGUCAGCCCUCAGCACAAAUGGGUGGUUUGGGAAACUGACCCAGGUCGGGGAGGACGCCGUGGUCGGCAGGUCCCCAAGACCCAGCUCCUCUGAGCAGUGUGGGCUGCAAGGUUCCUGGUUCUGGAAGGGGCAGGAGGGGUCGGGGGUCCUGGAGAAGUGGGGCACCACAGAGGGGACGUCUUCGCAGCUCAGCCUCUGCCCAGCCCCCACUCUGUGGACCUCUCCCUCCCCGACGAGGCACAGUGCCACCUUCGGUUCCUGUCCCCCUCCAGCGCCAUCCGUGGGGUCAGGGCGCCCCCCCUCAUCAGG